AAAUAAAUAUUUAAAAAAAAUCUUAAUUUUUAAAGUGAAGCAUUUAUAUAUUUAAAACUUGCCUAGAAUGCACUUGUACAGUAAUGUGUUUGACAAGAGCCUUGACAAGAGCCUCGUAAAUACCAAAUUCUCUCUAACUUUGCUUCCGCUUUUCUGUGCUGGGCACGAUUACCUUUUGAGUGGCAGGAAUGAAAGCUGACUUGGACUGUCAUGACAGCCUCAGCCAUGCUCCCAUCCCUGCUCCUUUCUCUUGUAAUACCCCGCCACUACAGUUACCUGGACUGUCACGACAGGCUCAACCAUCCUCCCGUCCCUGUCCCUGCUCCUUUCUCUUGUAAUACCCCACCCCUACAGUUGCCAAGUGUGUAACGUCACUGCCCUCCUUAAAACCCCUCUGUGGCUGCCGUUGCCUUCACGUUUAAUUGACUCCUUGGACAGUUAUAUGAGGGACUUCGUGAACUCGUAGGACAGACACCAUUACCCGGGGGCAUUUGGAAGAGCUGCUUCCAAACCUGAGACUCUGGCCUUCCUGUUUGCCCUCCUUCUGGCAAGUAUCCGUGACCAUUCUUCAGUGUGUGAAGACAGACAGCAUCCAGAACCGAACGGCUCGCGCUCUGGGGAACUUAGCCAUGGACGCUGAGAGCUGCAGGGACAUCCAUUCUGCUGGGGCUGUUCCCUUCCUUGUUGAGAGCCUGACGGCCUGCCAGGACUCACAGUGUCUCCAGAGUAUAGUCCGUGCCCUCCGCAACUUAGCAGACUCACCCCAGCACCGCCUAGCCCUGGCACAGCAGGGAGCAGUUCGGCCACUGGCUGAGCUCCUGGCUGCUGCCCCCGACCCUGCUCUGACCUCGGCCCUAGUCCGCGCUCUCUUGGAACUCAGCCGAGGCUGUUCCCGGGCCUGUGCUGAGCAGCUAAGUCUGGGUGGGGGGCUGGGCCCUCUUGUCAGCUUGGCUUCUCACCCUAAACGGGCAAUACGUGAGGCUGCCAUCCUGAUCCUUGCCAAUCUGUGUGCGCAGGGCCUGGUGCGGCCCGCACUGGGCAAUGCUGGUGGUGUGGAGGUGUUACUAGGUGAGCUUCGGCGGCGACGGGGGCCCAAUGGGACCAGCUCAGCUUCCCAGCAGCCCCUAGUACGGGCUGUGUGUCUCUUGUGCCGUGAAGCCAUCAACCGGGCCCGGCUUCGGGACGCCGGUGGUUUGGAGCUGCUGAUGGGCCUGUUGCAGGACCCUGGUGCCAGUGCCUGGCAUCCACGUGUUGUGGCUGCCCUUGUAGGCUUCCUUUAUGAUACUGGGGCCUUGGGCAAGUUACAGGCUCUUGGCCUCGUGCCUCUUCUGGCCAGGCAGUUAUGUGGUGAAGCUGGCGAAGAGGAAGAAGAAGGAAUAGAAGCUGCUUCCUGGGACUUCCCUGAGGAACGGACCCCUGGGCAGACAGAGGCAGGAAGCUUCCGAAGCCUUAGGUUGUGGCUGAUUUCUGAGGGUUAUGCAGCAGGCCCUGGAGAUAUCUCCCCAGAUUGGUCUCCUGAGCGUUGUCCGAUGCCAGAGCCAUCUGAGUCAGUCAGCCCUACCCCUGGCCAGCCCUCAAUGUCGACACCCCGCACACUGCGCAAACUGGCCCGCGUUCCCGCUGCCACUGCCGACGAGCCUUGGGGCCAGGAGGGGCCAGCACUGUUGCUGUUGUCACGCUUCUCCCAGGCUCCUGACCCGAGUGGAGCUCUAGUGACUGGCCCAGCACUGUGUGGCCUGUUGGCCUACGUGACAGGUGCACCGGGACCACCAAACCCGCGUGCACUACGCAUCUUGGCGCGUCUCACCUGUAACCCUGCCUGCCUUGAGGCCUUUGUGCGCAGCUAUGGUGCAGCGCUGCUGCGUGCCUGGCUCAUAUUCGGUGUCUCACCAGAUGACUGGCCUGUGGCAUGUGCCCGGCCUGCACACCGAAGCCAGCACCGAGAGCUGGGUGAGAUGCUGAUGCAGAACCUGACUGUUCAGGCCGAGUCCCCCUUUGGAGUAGGUGCCCUCACCCACCUGAUGCUCUCUGGGAGUCCUGAGGACCGAGUGGCCUGUGCACUGACCCUACCCUUCAUCUGCCGGAAGCCUACUCUGUGGCGCCGUUUACUCCUGGACCAGGGUGGCCUCCGCCACCUCCUCGCAGCGCUGACGCAGCCAGCUCCACACCCGCUCUUCCUCUUCUUUGCCGCAGAUUCCCUCUCCUGCCUCCGAGCCCUGGUGUCUCCCCCCGACCCUGCCACAUCUUCGAAGCUAGACCCACGCCCCCCUUGCCUCUAUGAACCUCUCCUGGGUCCAGCCCCUCUCCCAGCUCCUGACCUGCACUUUGUUCUGGAUUCAGGCCUACGGCUCCCUGCUCAGCGGGCUGCUUCAGCUGCUGCCUCCCCUUUCUUCCGGGCCCUGCUAUCCGGCAGCUUUGCUGAAGCCCAGAUGGAUUUGGUGCCACUUCGAGGCCUGUCCCCUAGUGCAGCGUGGCCUGUCCUACAUCAUUUGCAUGGCUGUCAGGGCUGUGGGGCUGCUCUGGGGCCCAUACCCCCACCCGACCAACCCUUGCUGGGCUCCAAGGCUGAGGAAGCUCUGGAGGCUGCUGGCCGUUUCUUGCUGCCUGCACUAGAGGAGGAACUAGAAGAGGCUCUUGCCCUCAUCUACCUGGGUCCCCAGAGUGGCCCUGAGUCAGUGAGUGAGGUACUCCGCUUAGGUCGGCCCCGGCUGGCUGUCCACUGUGCACGGUGGACACUGGUGCCAGGGCGGUGCCCUAGAAAACGGGCCCUGGCUCUCAUGGGGCUCGUGGAAGCCGUAGGUGAGGAGGCAGGGCCUCUCGCUGAAGUUUUGCUGGCUGUGGUAACAGAGACUGAGUCAUAGUACAGAUGCUCUUGGAUAAACUGUUGGCCUCCCUGGGGGAGCACUCAGGGGUGAGUUGGCUGUACGGGAGGCUUCUCUCAGCAUGGCAUGAGGGGAGACUGCAGAAGGAGCUAUCCUCAGGGACUGUCGAGCAAGUGGAACUGAGCCCCAGGCUGAAGAUCUCAAGAUCCUCGGCUGAAAAAACACCACCAGAGCCUGCGCACAGAGUCCAAGAGGACAGACAGCUCAGGGCCCCAGGAUCUGGUCUGACCAAGCCCUAUGGUGUCAACAUUAAAAACUUGAGAUUUGGACACUGCU